CGAAUUUAUAGUCAUAUUUUAUUUCGUGGUCGGCCUUCACUUUACACAUCGUUUACACGAAAUAAAAAAUAAUUAUCAUAAAAGUUUGUUCCAAGAAACUGAAAAAUUGUAAAAUGGAUAGGUUUAAAUCUAUACUUGCCGCCUCUAUUCAACAAUAUUCGUGCUUCUGUGAUGAAUUUGACGAGAUAAGUUUUAUAGACAGUUCGUGUCCCACUGACGAGAAAUUUUACUUUGCCAACAUGUGUCACGCUUGUCAUUCUUAUGGCGGGGAGAAUAUUAAUCUAAAAAGAUGUAGUGCUUGCGGACUCGUGUCCUACUGUUGCAAGGAACAUCAAGUGAAGGACUGGCCAUCUCAUAAACAAUUCUGUAAAGUAAUAUGCCAGAUAAAGAAGAAUUGGAAUUGCGAUGAUCUAUUUCAAUUUGUGAAAAAUACUAUUUCAAGAAAGUCAUUACAUAAGAUGAAAAACCUCAAGGAGAAAUUAAAGUACUAUAAUUCGCUUAGUGAAUUUAUUUGUAAAUUAUUACCAACGGCAGUCAAACUACUCCAAAGAAAAUUAAAUAAAGCUGAAUAUGAAAUGAUCCAGUUUCCAAGAAUUUGUGCCGUCUGUUACGAAAGCAAGCAAGAGCUUCUAACGAAUUGCCCGAAUUGUCCUCAAUCGAGCUUCUGCAAGAAACACUUGAACGAUCCCAAUCACGACUAUGAAUGCAGAAAAACCCGAACUGCCUUUGUGACAGCAAGUGCGAAACGUGUUGACGAGGUUCUAUCGUUACUACUUAAAUCGGGCAUCAUUCAGAGCUCUUAUCAUCCCGAAAACAGCAAGUUGCCUUCUUCUAUGUCCCAUCUGCUUGAAAGUCGCCUGUCGUUGGGAGAUUCUGCUAAACUAAAGAAUUUCAAUAUCACAUUCACGGAAGAAAUGAAGACAAUUUAUAACGCCGCUUUGUCGGAAAUGUUCUCGCGGUCGUGUUCGAUACUUUUCGCCAUUGACAAACUGAGUCUCAAUUUACGUUCAAUGGUAAUUCACGUCGUUGGAGCCACCGCCGUGGAACAGAUGCUUACUGACUGGGAAGUCAUAUGUCACUAUUUGCCACAAUUGUGUCAACUUGAAAUCAUUUUAAUUGGUCCUGAUGUGAUGUCAAACUCGAGAAUAAUAAAACCGCUUUGUAAACAGUGCAUGCAAGAGAAAAAGAAACUUACGAUUGAAUCGAGAAAAGUGAUGUAUGAUAAAUAUUGUCGGGAGGACAGCUACUUAAAACCCGAUAUUAUCGCUUGUUUUAAUCCAGGUCUUCAGGUUUACGAUACUUGGGAGAAAUCUAUAAAUUGUUUUAGAAAGGGAAAGUGUCCUUUGCUAGUGACAAGUCAACAAAAAACUGAAGGAAUUAUCGAAAAAGCAAUCAUCACUUCUAGUUUCCCGUCAGCGAAAUGUAUUUUUUCUGAUAAUAAUCCAUUUGGUAGUCUUGCUUUUCAAAGAGAGGGGAUUCUUCUUCCUGUAUCUUCCAAAAAUCAAUUCAUGUCUCUUUAUGAGUUUCUCGAAAAAAAGAAAGUAACAAAGUAACUGUCAAGUGUAUUUUUCUGUCAUUGUGAUUUGCUGUUCUGAGUCUGUGACAAUAAGUUGAUAUUGUUUUAGCCUAAAAGGUUUAUGCGUUUCUUAAAAAUUUCGACUACUUUUGUUUAAAAAAAGGUACAUGUAUAAUACUGUUUUAUUCGUGACUACAUAUAUGUACUCUUGUUUGAAAAAAUAAACAUUAUUUUUUCUUGUCAUUUA